AUGGUAUUUGGUGGUCCAUUGGAAUGCCGAAAUUCGACGGCACCUCCAACGCUUUCUUUCUUCUCAUCUGCUGUUUCUUCACUACUUAUGCUGAUAACAGUUCCAGGGAAUCUUCUCAUUUGUUUAGCAGUUGCUAAAGAUCCUUACAAGACACUCAGAUCACCCUUCAAUCUUUUUCUGUUGAACAUUUCAGCAGCGGAUCUUGUGGUGGGUUUACUCGUUCUGCCAUUGUCCAUAGCGUUUCACUUUCUGGAAGGAAUAGGUAUCAUGUUCGCUCCACUGAUCAAAUCUUUGCAUCUUUCCUUCUUCAUUUCAUGUUCAGCUUCUGUAUUGGGCAUCGCAGCUUUGAGUUUGGAUCGUUAUAUUUGUGUUACAUCUCCCAUGAAAUACCGCUUGAAGCUGAAAUCUUUGCAAGUUAAGAGGGCAUCGCUAAUCAUUUGGCUGAUAUCUGUGGUUUGUCCCAUCACGUAUCUGUAUGUUGACUUUAUAAUAUACACCUUUGUGUUCGCCAAUGGAACUCUUCUUUUUACACUCCUGGUUUUAGCCUUUGUAAACCACAAGAUUCACCGCAGUCUCCGAAUUCAACGAAAACAGCUUCAAGCUCUCGCGGACGGCAAGGAUUUUCAGACGACAGUAGCCAAGCGCGAUGCAAGAGUUACAAAAACAUUCCUAUUCUUUCUUGCCUCAUUCAUAGUCUUAACCGUUCCUCCCUUGUCGUUCAGUUAUGUGUUAAACUUCUGCUCAACGUGCAGCUGCAAAACAAUCCACAUUCUAAGAGAUCUUCAGUUCCUCUCGAUAUUAUUUCCCAGUUCAGUAAAUCCUUUUAUUUACGCUAUAAGGCUGCCAAACUUCAGAAGAGCCAUAGCAGUGAUAUGUUCCACAAUCUCAAAAUACCAAUUUUUCUCAACGAACCCUGGACAACAAAUGUGUGAAUCUAUCUCCAGUGAAGUGCUCGAUAGACAGUUUAGAACGAUUUCCAAAUCCUCACUCGAACAGCCAGAACCAGUGGGCCUGUUCAAUGCUGAUGCAUCUGGAAGGGAAAAAGACGCAAAAAUUGACGGAACAAAAAACGCUGAGCGAUGGAGCAGCAGUGACACAGUUUUCUAUGAGGAUCAUUUUAGCGAAAAUAAGUUGCACUCGGAAAGAGAUUUUUAUGGGAGGAGUCAAUCUCCACGCCAAGAAAGAAUUAGUAUCUCACAGUUCUACAAGGUUACAACAGUUGUAUGAGACCGCAUACCUGAUAUAAAGCAAACUAGAAGAUGAUGAUAAUGCUAACGAUGAUCGAGAUGGCAGAAUUGAUUAAUGUCUGUAAACAUACGGCAGACAGAUAUUAUCGUUAGGAACAAAUUAAAACCAAGGAAAUAUAAAUAUGACGUUUUAAAGAAUAAUAAACUAAUCCGUAAAAAGAGUAAUAUUUAAAUGGUUCUAAAAUUGCGUAACUACGAUAGAUGCAGUAAAAAAACAACAACAACAAAAUAAACUGUCUUAUUACAAAGUCUUAAAUCCCAUGAAUGGCAACCAACUCAUUAGCUUGUUCCACGCGUUCAGUUUGUUGACGACGCGCAGGAGUAGCGGUGAAGUAAAAAACGAGUGAGGCCUAGGUCGGGUCGACUCAGUCCAAACUUCCACCGUUUUUACACUCCACCACCACUACCGCGGAGUCGUCGACAAGCCAGCAAACUUGUUGACCUGCACGCUGGCCGACAGUCGAGCAGAACUCGAUUGAUUGUAGGGCGACGCGUUGAACAACAUCGCGUUAAACAGCGUAAAAGGCUAUUUUCAUUGAGAACUACACAUCUCUUGAAGAGUUGGCUAGGAAUGGCCAGAUCGCACUUUCUUGUCUAUGUUUGCGUGCAAACUUCUCCUUUAUGGUGCAUUUAUUGAGGUAACUUGGCAAAAGCUUGCCGUAAGUGCAAAUGAUGAAUGCAGGUACAGUGCAAAAAACUGUAGUUGACUAGUUGGUCGAACUUGGACUGCAGCGGCGUGCUGGAAGGUAAUGGCGACAGAGCGGAAACUAGGAACUAGCUUCAACAUAGCUUGGCCAGGCCACCAAGCAGAAAUAUGGCGGCUUGCGUUAACUUGCUGCGGUGCUUAAAAUGUCAGAGUAGUUUUAAGGUGAGCCCACAAAAAUCUAUUCAUUUAAUCAAAGAAAUUAAACUGCAUCAUAAGAAAUAUUUCUAUUCAGACUGCUAAACUUCAGGAUACAAUGCCACUUGCAUCUCAUUAUAUACACACCGUGAACUUGUAAUACUGUGGAAUGCUGUAUUGAAAUUUGUUUUUUUCUGUUUUGUCCAUGUAUUUGUUUAUAAAAGAUUUGCUGUUUCUUUCUGUUUUCAUUUUUCAUGUCCCCAGAUGUCCUUUGCAGCAAAGUGUGCGCUCAGGAAUUUUACAGGUCAUCAUUUUGGCUCUGUUUCCAGGUGAGUGUGAGAAAACUACGUGAUGAAUGAGUAAAGAAACAAAUUCAUCUUCAGAAAUUUCUAUCCAUAAUUUAAUCAAAUGAAUAUAACUCCUCAUUUACGCAAUAUUUCCGUUUGUCAUCUAUACCAUGGUAAGUUUUGGCUCUUCCUUGGGUGUUCCUCAAAGUAGUGUAAGUUCGCACAUAAAAUUUUUUCUCUGAGAUGCUUAUCAUGCACUUCAGAUUCUUUGUAUUUCAUAAAUAAACUGCCAUAGAAAGAGAUAGUACUGCAAAAAUGCAGGCCUGCAUAUUGGUCAUAUUGCAUGCAACUACAGCAUGGUCUGCAUGCACUAGAUCUUGUGAAGUUAUACUCUGCAUGUUACAUUCUUGGUGCAAAAAGCCUGUAAACUUUGCAUAUGAUAUAAAGCAAAGAGGUAAAAAGGACUGAUGAAGAUAAUAGUGCUACAACAAAGAAAAACUUCACAGAUGUUUUUCAGGGAAACCCUAAUUCAUUGGCCAAAAGUGUAAUUACGUGUGUAUUUUUUUGUUUUUACAGAUUAGUACUUUUCUCAACAAGGCCCUUGUCAGCCUAUUGGCAUAAAUCAGGUGAGCAAGUGAGACAAGAUUUUUGUCUCAGUCAAUAAUAAAUUAAAACACUUUUCCUUACACACAUUUAGCAUGCACCUUGUGAUGUCGAUGUCUUAAUCAUUUUGGCCAGGCAGUUGAGCAUAUGGACCCUCAUGUAUUUGCCAGCAAUGCCACAUACAUGCAUGCAAAAUCCAUGUUUACAAGACCUUUAAACACAAAUUACAUUAUUCAACUUGCUUUUUGUCAUGGACAGGAACAUAAAUGUAAAGUAUCCAAGAUAUGAUGAAUAUGAUCAUUGUUCUGUACAAGAGUACAAUGGGACACAGUUUUCCUUAAUAUUAAAAUGUCAUUUGUUAGAUGUACCAUUCAGGCCACUAUUACACAGAAAACCAAAGAACAGGUGUGAUUUUGCGAGCAAAGCUGACAUUGAGGUAUUUUGAUUGUUUUUAUUUUAUCCCGAGGCAUUAUUUUUGCAAAAAAAUAUUGUCGUACAUGAUCAUCGGUCCAGUGCUCCGAAGAGGAAGCAAAUCUAAGACUCUUUGAUUAUCUACAUUUUAUACUAAGUACUCUAAGAAAUCAGAGGGAUUAUUUUGAGGAAAACGUAACAGUUUUGGUUUUUCCUUAAAGAUGUGUUCAGAUCAUAAUCAUGUAUAUUUCUUGUGAGGUGCUAGUUUCUGCAGUUGUGAAUGAACAAUUGAAGUUCCAUGCCUGUUAAGCUUUUUCUCACACCUUAUUUUCUUAGAAAAAUCCCAUGAUAAAUUAAUUGUUUGAUGCCUAGAUUGUUUAAAACUGCAGCCCAAAUCGGCCUUCUUUUAAAUACGCAACUCUUUGUAUUUUGUUAUUUUUCGAUAUUGUUAGUGGUCAAGUAAAGUUGUUUCCUUGUGAAAUUAGCUUGUGUAUUUGUGACUGUUUGCAGAUUGAGGAAAACCCGUUUGCCUAUAACCAUUUACUGAUCAAGCUGGAAGGGUUGGACGAUGGUGUUCUGGACCAUUACUGCCAGUUUGUAACCAGUGCUUCCAAAAUGAUGAAACUUGAAGUGAAAAAAAAGUAAUAUUUUUAUUGGUUUUCAUAAUUUUAGCUUCAGCUUGCUUUCAAAAUGUCAAAUGAUUAUGAUAUUUAAUGUAUACCUUUUUAUUGUGGCUGAUAAAACUUUGAAGCCCUUUUACUAGUUUUCUUUUUAGAGGUACAUAAAUUCCGGUGCCUCCUGCCUUGUGGUCCAUUUAUGAAUAAAUGUGUCUUUUCUUGUUUUAGAUUUAACCUUGUAACAGAGACCUUUAGUCAAACACUGGCCUACCCAUUAGACAGCUACAAAAAAGAUGGCAUCACCUAUGAUUUUAAAAAGCAUGGCUGCAUGAUUCAGGUUGGAGUUAAAGUUGUCAUGUAAAUCCUUUUUUAGUCCUUAAAGAUGAGACCUAUACAUAUAUGGGUUCUCAACCAGUUUUGUGUGGUCAAGAUGUCAGAAUACUUCACAAGUUUUUUCCAAAAACAAAUAUUCUGUUUUGUAAAUGUGACCAAAUUAAUUACCCAACCUUUUUGACCAAACAAGAAAGAAAGGAUAUGUUAUAUGGCUGAAAAAUUACACCAAAGAAAUGUUGAAUAUAUUUACCAACCUUGUUUUGGGUGUGUUCAAGACAGGUGACUGUUAGGUUUUGUAACCCCAUUGCCAUAGUAUCAUCUUGAAAACUUUUCUCUAGUAGGAAGAGAGGUUCUUCUUGAUAUAAAGCUGGCAAAUUAGGCUCAUCGUGCCAGCUCAGAUCAAUUGGAAUUUUUAGCAUAUUUCAAGACAAUUUUCCAAUGGUUAGGUUACUCUUUAGAAUUCCAAACUGCAUUAAGAAGCAAAUUUCAUCUUGAACCAUAUCUGGAGCAAACUUUUCCUUUUAACCUGGAACACCUUUGGAAUUAACUCCACUAGUAAUAGCCUAUUGAUUUAAGGUGACCCUAGAAGGGAUGUAAAAUGCACACAAAGGAAUACUUCAUCCACAUGUACAAUUCUUUGGAUGUAGUUUAUCAAGAUGCUCACUGUUAUUCACAGGUUGCAGAGGUUCCAUUCGACAAGUUUGACUUCUUUGUUCAGUAUCUACAAGACAAUGUUCCUCCUGGUGUCACAGUCCACAUGGAACUGGUGAGAAAAUGAAGGGAUGCAUGAAAAAGUCCCAAAUUUAUUCUGAUAGACUGGUAGAUUCCCUCAGAAGUACCUUGUGUUCCCUUUUGAAUGUUCAAAAUGUUGAUUUUUAAGAGAGGUUUCAACAAGUCAUAUUGUAAAAAUUGGUAAAAUUAACACUGACUUUGAGGUGUGUUCAUGUUGUCAAAAAGAUACAACUAAACAUUUUUCCCUUUGAAGGGAAGGCAAUCUCCCUCCAUAAAAUAAUUUUGAUGUAGGUGAAGGCGACAAAUCUAUCUUUAUACCCAACUAAACAUGCUCACUGAUUACUCUUGGUAAUGUGUAUUUCAGUAAAGUUUAUCCAUUUAAAACUUUCUCUUCAACUUCAUCAACAGAAAAAGUGGCAAGACUUUGUUUCACCACCUGACCCCCUUCUUCUGGAGCUGGAAAGAUUGGAGAGAGAAAAGAUUGAAGCACGGAAGGGCAAAACCCCACCAAAAUAAAUGAAACAUUCACAAAUGAAGAGGCAGGUUGAAAACAAAGUCCUAGUUGUAAUGAAGUGACUUUGAAAGUCACUUCUUCUAUUCAGUCUCUUCAAGAUGGUCUCCAAGGAAUUUCACACCUAUGGGCACCUUUUGUGGAAACAAAUGAUAGUAUUCAAAAUAAGAGGAAAAUAAAGUAUCAUUACAAGUGAAUAAAAUCUCAAAAUGCACAUGGAAAAGUGGGUAAUGUUUCAAGUCUGGUAUCCUCUACAAUCUGGCCUGUACAUGUGUAGCUUUUCCUCAGCUGUAAGUUUGAGUGGACAAUCACCCCCAAGAGGGACCAGCAUCUUAUUUCCCCUGACAAUAUUACCCCUCAAUAACACUUUAAGGUCAAGAGAAUUAAAAAAAUGAUCACCAACCAGAGAAGCUCUUGAUUGGUAAACUAAUUCUCAUUGUCAGCACCUUAGGAAAUGUAUGGAGAAUAUACAUACUGACAGUAGGGUAUAAAGGUUAAGAAGAGAACAAGAAGGACUGUUCUUCAACAUUCCUGAGAAGCCCACUGAUUUUC